CAUCCUGGCACUACAACACACCCUCCCUCAGUUAGCUAUAUGCCUUGAUAAGAAAGAUUUUUUUAUUUUAAUUUUUUUUCCCUUCUAAUAUUAAAAAAAUAAUUAUAAUAAUCCCAACUCUGUGUUCGUUGAAUUCAAUUAUUUAAUGGCAGAAGAAACUGAAUUCAAGAUCCGAGGGGAAUCGAAAUCGAAGAACUGGGUGGAGAAAAGUAGAGGAAGGAGAAGAAGAAGAAGAUGCUGAAGAAGAAGAAGAACAACAACAACCACAACCACCAUCAUCUUCAUCAAAAUAUGGCUAUGUAUUUCACCAAAAGGCUUUCCAAUCUCGAUUGUCGUUACUUUCUCAUACUAAUCCCACCACUCUCUGUAAUCAUCUUCAUCUUCCUCCCAUUUUCUUCACCUCCCACCACCAACCCAUUCUCCUCUUUCGCUCCAAUUCGUUCCUUCCUACUCGGUCAAGCCGAAAAUAAUGCCACCACCACCACCACCACCGCCACCACUCCUUUCUCAAUCGAUUCUCCGCCGCGAAACGAAACGGCGGAGACUCGGCGGUGGAGGAGGAAGAAAGAUGAGUUGCUUAGAUCGAGAGUGGCGGUUUGUUUAGUCGGCGGCGCUAGAAGGUUCGAGCUCACCGGACCUUCAAUCAUGGAGAUGAUUCUAAAAGAGUAUCCGAAUUCUGAUCUUUUUCUUCACAGUCCGUUGGAUCAAAAGGCCUUUAAAUUCUCGCUCCUGAAGACCGCGCCGAAGCUCGCCUCGGUCCGAAUCUUCGAGCCCAAACCCAUACCUGAGACUGAGACCCAGGCUCGGGUUCUCACCGCUCAGAACUCGCCUAAUGGAAUCCAGGGUCUUUUGCAGUAUUUCCACCUCGUAGAAGGGUGUUUAACUCUUAUCCAAAACUACCAAAAACGACAAAACUUCACGUACGACUGGAUAAUCCGAACCCGAGUCGAUGGAUACUGGAACGCCCCGCUCCACCCGAGAAACUUCGUAACGGGUCGUUACUUGGUCCCACCCGGGUCCAGUUACGGUGGCCUCAACGACCGAUUUGGCCUCGGAGACUUCAACACCUCAACAGUCGCUCUCUCCCGCCUCUCCCUCAUCCCAAAACUCGACUCGGCGGGGCACCAUCAACUCAACUCGGAAACCUCCUUCAAAGCCCAGCUCACCACUCAAGGCGUGCCUUACGUCACCAAACGGCUCCCGUUCUGUGUGGUGUCGGACCGGAAGUACGACUUUCCUCCCAGCCGGUUCGGCGUGCCGGUGACCGCGUUGUCGAGUCGCGGCCCGCUGAGCGGAGCCAAGUGCCGGCCGUGCACGGCGGCGUGCCGUGGUGCGUGCGUGGCUGAAGUGAUGCCGGGGCUUUACAAGGGAUGGAGCUGGACCGAUUGGGCCAACGGGACACUCGAGCUGUGCGACGCGCAUGACGAGUGGGAAAAUGGUUGGGAGAAGGUGUUUGACCGAGUCGCUGGGAAAAAACUCGCCGAAGAAAGAAAAAGGGUUCAUAGAUUGACUUUGAAGAAGUGCAUUGACGAUUUUGAAGAAAUGAAGAAGCGAAGUUGGAAUUGGGAGGCUCCGUCGCCGGAGCAGAUAUGUAAUAUCGGCUUGGAGGCCCAUUGAAGUGUGUUUGGGUUUUGAGCUCUUGGGGUUUGACUGUAAAUUGGGAAAUAGUUCUUUAAUUUGUUUCGUGUUUUUGCAGGAAAAAUAGAUAUAGAAAAUAAGGUUUUUGUUUUUGUUUUUGUAGUGUUAUUAUAAUAUAGUCUUAUAGAUGCCUUUCGAAACUAUAUUUCGUGCAGUGUUAUGCCAUUCAAAAUAGUUAUAACAUUUAGAAAUUCAAAUCUCU